AUGAAGGCAACGUGUCUUGCGAUCCUAUCGGUUCUUCCUGGUCUUGCUUUUGCAGCAAGCAACCCGAACGUGCAGGUGGACGGGAGCACUUGCAGGGUUGUGCCCCUCGGUGGUGGUCAAGACGACGGACCCAACAUUCUGGAUGCUUUCUCGACGUGCUCUUCAGGCGCAACUGUAGUUCUUGACAGCUACUACGUCGUUAACACUGUCCUUAUCACCACCGGGCUGCAAGAUGUCAGCGUUGAAUUGAGCGGGACAGUGCAGUACACUCCGAACAUCGCCUAUUGGUCGCCGAACUCGCUCUAUCUGACCUUCCAGAAUGCCACGACCUACUGGUUCUUCUCUGGAGAUAACCUUCACCUGUAUGGAGGUGGCACGAUUGAUGGAAAUGGUCAGGUGUGGUGGGACUAUCCCAAUAAGACGGUCGGUACGGCGGGCGGAUCUUCGACCACGUUUGCUCGCCCCGUUCCUCUCACUGUUGGAAACGCCACCAAUGUCGUCGUUGAGAACAUCACUCAGAUUGGCUCUCCUUUCUGGAACAACUUCGUGUACCAAUCGCAGAACGUCACCUACCGUAACAUCCACAUCAACACCACUUCGUACUCUUCAAACGCUGCAGCUAACUCAGAUGGAUGGGACAUAUACCGCUCGUCCUAUGUCACGAUCGAGGAUUCGACCAUUAACAACGACGACGAUUGUGUCGCCCUCAAACCUAAUUCUACCGAUAUUAUCGUGCAGAAUGUCUACUGCAAUGGAUCGCAUGGCAUUUCCGUCGGAAGCCUAGGCCAGUACGCAGGCGUGACCGAUAUCGUCGCAAACUUUUUCGUCAAUAACGUCAGCAUGAAUAACGCCGAGAACGGUGCUCGCAUCAAGGCGUUCGGCGGUAACCCCGACCCGAACUCGACUGCGGGGGGCGGUCUUGGUUAUGUGAAGAACGUUACGUUCCAGAACCUGCAGGUUUACAAUGUUGACUACCCGAUUUACCUGGACCAGUGCUACGAUACGUCUGCGAGCAUGUGUGCCGAGUAUCCGAGUAACAUGACCAUUUCGGACAUUCAUUAUAUCAACAUCACCGGGAUAUCCUCGGGCAACGAGGGCAGCGUCGUGGCCUUCCUCGAGUGUUCCACGGAGUGCGAAGAUAUCACAGCUACAGGCACGAAUCUGACGAGCCCUUCUGGCAACGCGACCUACCUUUGCCAGAACAUUGCAACUGAGUCGCAGCUCGACUUUGGCUGCCGCGCCCCCUCGAGCAGUAGCUCUUAGAGUUUGUCGUAUCUCUGAUAGUAGGACUUUGUUGACUCGAAUUCUAGUACUCUGAG